CGCGGGGCGGGCUCUUAGGCUCCGGGAGGUGGCGGCUCGCGCCCCGGCGCACGUUUGGGCGCCUCCGAGCCCAGGUCGUUGGGCCCAGCCGGGUUCCCCGGCGGUGCGCAAGCCAAGAUGUUGAGGCGCAGCUUGGAAAACCGGGACUCUCAAACCAGACAACUGCAAGAUGCUGUCACAAAUGUGGAGAAGCAUUUCGGAGAGCUGUGCCAAAUCUUUGCUGCUUAUGUAAGGAAAACUGCCAGACUGCGAGACAAAGCAGACCUACUGGUGAAUGAAAUAAACGUGUAUGCCUCUACAGAGACCCCAAAUUUAAAGCAGGGCCUGAAAAACUUUGCCGAUGAGUUUGCCAAACUUCAGGAUUAUCGACAAGCAGAGGUUGAAAGACUUGAAGCCAAAGUAGUUGAACCUUUGAAAGCUUAUGGAACCAUUGUAAAAAUGAAACGAGAUGACCUCAAAGCAACAUUAACAGCAAGGAAUCGAGAAGCUAAACAGUUAACUCAGUUAGAAAGAACACGUCAGCGAAACCCAUCUGAUCGACAUGUCAUUUCACAAGCAGAAACUGAAUUGCAGAGAGCUACAAUGGAUGCUACCCGAACAACUCGUCAUCUGGAGGAAACUAUUGACAAUUUUGAAAAGCAGAAAAUAAAGGAUAUAAAGACUAUAUUUUCAGAAUUUAUCACUAUUGAAAUGUUAUUUCAUGGCAAAGCUUUAGAGGUCUACACUGCUGCCUACCAAAACAUACAAAAGAUUGAUGAACAAGAAGAUCUGGAGGUUUUCCGAAAUUCUGUGUAUCCACCAGAUUAUUCAUCCCGUUUAGAUAUCGUAAGAGCAAAUUCAAAGUCACCUCUUCAAAGAUCACUCUCGGCUAAGUGUAUAUCUGGAACAGGACAGGUAUCCACCUGUCGACUAAGAAAGGAUCAACAGGCAGAAGAUGAUGAUGAAGAGGAUGAAGACUUAGAUGUCACAGAAGAAGAAAAUUAAUUUUCUUAAGUAAACUCCACCUUUCAGUUUUCAUCUUAAAUGACUUGGAAUCCAGAAUUAAUACAAUGUAAAACUUUAUACUGGCUUCAUACAUGAUAAACCUCAAAAUGAAAUCCCACUGGAAAUGAAAAUUAAAGGAAAUUUGUGCUGACAAAAACUGAAGGUUUUAAAAAAUAUUACACACCAGUCAUUUCAACAUCCUAUCCAACAGUAUGUGAUUUUUAUAGGUUCCAUUUUUUAAAAAAUUAUGUAUUUCAAAAGUAUUUCAUAUUGAUGCACUAUACGUAGUUGACGUUGCAAUAUAACUAGGUGACAAAAAAACAGAUCUAACAAUUUGACUUGUUUCUUUUCUUUCAUUGCCAGAAAAGGGUCUUUAGUCAUUCUGAUUAAAUACAAAUUCUAUUCCAUAGAGCCUUAAUAAAAAAGACAAGGGUCUUUUUCCUUUCCUCUUUUUCACUUUUACUAUAACCUUAAGUUUCAUUGUUUGAUAAUUUACUUUUCAACAAGAGUGUUAUUACUUCUGAUUAAAGGUAAUGGGCACUAGGAUAUCAGUGUCUUAAAUUUUAGGUGAAAAUUUAGCAUAAAUUUUAGAUUGACAAAGAAAGCUACAUUCAGCCUGAUUCGGGUUUCAGAAUGAAAAUGCUAUCAUACUACAGAAUUAUACACAAAACUGCAACUUUUGGAAAGCUGUAAUUUGGUAGAAUGUUGCUAAGAAAACAUCAUGGAAAAUCAUUAAACCAAGCCACCAUCUAAUUAAUGAAAGAGGAUAGAGUUACUUUUAUUCCUGAAAACAAUUUAAUCAGAGCCUUUCAGUAUGCCUAUUUGUUUCUUUGGACGGGGACUGCACUUUUGAUAUUUCAUGGAUAUUAGGCAUAUAAAAAUAAUGAAAUUUUUAAAUCAUUUGGGAUAACACAAAAAACAAUUAUUCAUAAGAGACAAAUAAAGACUUUACAGAAAGCUUUU